AUGGCCAAGAAAACCACCCGAAGAAGCCGACAAAUGACGGAUUACCAGUCGCUCACCACGCGCCGAUUUCACUCCAACCGUGGUCAGCAUCUCAUCAAAUACAUCGAAAGCAUCCAGGGCAAAAUCGCCGCAGUGGAGGAGGAAACAGACGUGGAUCUGUUGGAAGAGCUGGAAGAUCUUGCAGAAACCAGAGACAUCAACCUAGUGAGCCUCAAGUUUAACCAGGAGUACCGGAUCUCUCGGGUUCAGGCCGAUGAAUCUCGUGACCUUGAGUCUCUGCGGGUCAACCAUGAAAUCAAAACCAAGAGUUUGCAGUCUCGUUUUCUGAACCAUCUAGAGAUUCAAAACAAGAAGCUGUCGUCAGAGAUUCGAGAGUUGACAGACAUUUCCAAUGACCGGGCAAGCCUGGGCUUUCUCAAGGGUUUCAGUCAUGUGAUGGUGAAGCAGGAGGAUGGAGAGGGAGGGUCUCGGGAUGGAAGCACCCCCCACUCCGGAGAAGAGUCCGGAGAAGAGUCCGGAAGCACCGGGCGACGUUCCGGACGGGUCAGAGGAGCGGGUUUGCUGGCUCGAGUGUCCCGGGAGACUCGAGAGACCCCAAAUUCGCAUCGAGACUCAGACUCAGACAGGUUCGACAUGCUCGGCAUUGUCUGGACGGAUUCUGACAAAGCAGCUCUUUCGGGGUCCGAACGAACCGGACGACGAGGUAGAGGCGAGGACAGUGAUCAUGUCGACGGCCACGUUGGGCGAGGCCACAAGGGCAAGGAGAGUGCUGUUGCUGGUCUGACCCAAGUUAAGCCUGCCGAAGCUAUGGCUGACUUGCAAGAGAUGCGGCGACACUAA